ACAGUUUACAUACUAGAUAGUGUAUGUAACUAGAGUAAACAACCCGCUAUUGAAAUAUGCUGAGAUUGCACCAUGCCUCCCUUGCAUCGAGCUCAGUUAGUUAAGCCUUAGGGUUAAGCUUCUUGUCUACCAACGGCAGGCGGUCAAGGGUCAUUACCGUGUCUACGCUCCUGCCCAAUCAGCAUCCCGGGGCCGUAUACUGGUCCCUUGCUCGCCGUCGCGACUUAAACAUCGCGUUGAUUGUUUUCACUUCCUUCUUCUUUCAUCCUUCCUUUCUCAUUCGAAUCCAUCUCAAACUCUCGUUUACCUCUACAAAUCGCGUUUUUUCAUCAACCAACGGACUCGCGACAAAGCAAUACCCCGCUCAAUUCAAUUAUUCAAUCAAUCACAUUCGAAAUGGGUGACCACUCUGUAACUGAUUACAAUGACCCUGCUGCCAAUGCCCCCGAUGCAGCUGCUUACGAGAAGGGAAAGGGCAAGGCUGCUGAAGCAUAUGAUGAUGUGAACAUGGGUGAAGAAGAUGAUGAGGAGAGCUCUGAGGAGGAGGAAGAUGAAAUGGGUGCCGAAGAUGACGACGAAGAUGAAGGCGACAACCUCGAACCUAUCUCAACUGACAACAUCAUCGACAGCGGCCGUCGCACUCGCGGCAAGCGUAUCGACUUCGCCGAAGCCGCUGAGAAAGCCAAGGCAGAAGGCGACGAUCCUAUGGACGACGAAGACGAGGACGACGAGGAUUUCCACGGAGAAGACAAUGACGGCGAUAACAUGCAGGAAUAAAAGUUACCAAUCGCGACGACGUGCUGCUUGCAUUAUGGAGAUGGGGUUACGGCUGCUCUGGGGUCUUCUGACUUUGACGCAUUGAUUAUUUUCGAAUAUGCGACAGGAGAUAUGUACAUGGGAUAUGCAGUGGUCUCGAUAAUCCACGAAAGGAGACCGUGAUACUACCCAAACAGAUGAUAUUUGAGAUUACGCAUUGCAGUGCUAUGACAAAGCAAUAAAAGUCACUACAUGUGCGUC